AUGGCCGCCGUCAACGCCGCCCGAGGCAGCGACGAGAUCGAGUCACCCGCUACCAGCAACGACGUGCUCCACCACGACGACCCUGCAGGCAGUUCGCUCGUCCUUCCCACCGCACCUUUUGCACGCCCGCCCCGCACCAGCAGCUCGAGCAGCCUCAACGUACGGAGGUCGCAUGACAUCUUUGCCCGUAACUCAACAGAUCUCUCUCAGGAGAAGGAAAAGCUUGUAGACCCGUUCGCGUCCUUCACGCACCGGGUAUCGUCUAUCUACAGCGAUACGCCGUACGGUCCUCGCGUAUCGUCCUUCUCUCUUGCGCCUGAUCCACGAUUAUGGGGCUCCCAAAUAACGCCUGAUGUAGCGGAAGAUGACGACCAGUUACAUCAACCGGACGAGAAGGAGGCGUAUAGGAAGAUAUAUCGCGACAGCGAGUUCAUGACUUCACGAGGCCUCUCGAACCUUGGUUGUCUGAUUCUGCUCAUUGUGAUCGUCAUCGGCCUAUUUGCGGGAUUACCUUUGGCAGUCCAUCUUUCGGGUAAGCGCUGGCAGAUAGGUCAAGGCUACAACAUCGGCGGUAUCAACGCCAGCGGACAGAUACCCGCAUUUCCUCACAGCUUCGGACUAAUUGAUGCCGACACUCCCCAAUCAGCGUACACAAAACCGUCAUGGAGAGAUGGGUCGGAAAUGGAGUUGGUGUUUUCGGACGAGUUCAAUGUCGACGGGCGAACAUUCUAUCCCGGAGACGACCCAUACUGGGAGGCUGUCGACUUAUGGUACUGGCCUACGAACAACUUCGAAUGGUAUGACCCAUCAGCGAUCUCCACGUCGGGUGGAAACAUGAUUAUCACAUUGUCGGCGCACCCCGAGCACGAGCGACAGUAUACGGGAGGAAUGGUUCAGACAUGGAACAAAUUCUGCUUCACAGGUGGCUAUGUGGAGACCAAUGUCAUUCUACCCGGAGUCAAUAACAUCGUCGGCCUUUGGCCGGCUGUGUGGACUAUGGGCAACCUCGGGCGAGCCGGAUACGGUGCUACGACCGACGGACUGUGGCCGUACAGCUAUGAUGCCUGCGAUGUUGGUACCGCCCCGAACCAGACGCUUAACGGUGAACCUGCCGCAGCGCUCGUUGACGGUGAUCAAGGUCACGGCGGUGUACUGUCAUUCCUACCCGGACAACGUUUGUCCAGGUGUACAUGCCCAGAUGAUGCGGAUUUACAUCCGGGACCCAAACAUAGCGACGGGACCUUCGUUGGGAGGGCCGCCCCGGAAAUAGAUGUAUUCGAAGCACAGAUUACGGGAAAUCCGCUCGUAGCGCAGGUGUCCCAAUCGGCACAGUGGGCGCCGUUCAACCAUGGAUACAAAUGGCUCAAUACCUCCGACAAUGAGGUCAUUAUCAACGCCACUGCGAGCCAGCAGAAUACGUUCAUCGGGAGUAUAACGCAACAAGCCACCUCCGUGGUCACGGCGACUGAUCCAGAUUGCUACGAGUACGAGAAGGGGUGCGCAUCGAUAUACGGUUUUGAGUACCUUCCUGGCUUCGACGAUGCCUACAUUACCUGGAUAAGCGACAACAAAGUUUCAUGGACUCUAAACGUCGCUGGUUUGGGUGCGGACCCGCUGGUUGAAAUAUCCGACCGUCCAGUGCCCCAGGAGCCUAUGUACCUCAUCGCCAACCUUGGCAUGUCGACGAACUUUGGUACAGUUGAUCUCGACCACCUUCCAUUUCCGGUACAUAUGUACAUCGAUUACAUCCGGGUGUACCAACCGAAGGGCCAGCGGAACAUUGGCUGCGACCCGCCGGAUUUCCCAACUGCCACUUACAUCAACAAGUACCUGGACGCAUAUACGAACCCGAACUUCACGACAUGGACGGGUCCGCAGGAAUCGGGUGGCUUCGGCCAGACAUUCCCGCGCAACAGCUUCCUGGGGCAAUGUUGACACCGCUCCUUGCCUUGACGUCGUCUCCAUGGUAGACGACACGAUCCGUCUCUUGGACCUUUCUAUGCAACCCUUGCACGAACUCACGCAUCUCUACGGCCUAACUACUCAUCUAGAACUCGUCUCCUUCGGACAGAACACUCGUAUUGGAGACGGGCAGUUGACACCCGUCAUAGCACAUCGCACCACAUCGCAUUGUAUCAUUAUUAGCCUUAUACUUCCCCCCGUAGUUUUACCCUCCUUCCUGUUCACCGGAUUGUGCUGUCUGUUUUGUUGGGAUGUAGAUACGCUCGUUUCUCGCACCUAUCUUUUCACGGUAUUUUGUCUCUCCCUGAUAUCCCUCUUUACCCCUUCUAUCUAUGCUCAAAAGGUUGUAAUCUUCACUGCAUCUACCAAUGUGAUCGAACAAUUUUGCACUGCCC